AUGAAUCUGCAUAAAGAUCAGCUCGUGGAGCUUUACACAAAAGCCAUAAAGGACCUCAAUAUCAAGACAUCCCGCAUCCCAGCGCGCGCCUUCCCAUCCGGCCGUAAGCCAACCAUACGCGACAUUUAUGAGCGGCCGCACACGCUCUACCGUCCCGAGAUCCACCCUAAUCUACAAAUCUUCUUUUUCUUCGCCCACUACAACAGCUUUGUCGCGGCCAACUUCCGUGCCCGUAAGCUGGAGCAGGCUGUGAUCGUCACUAUGGCCAUCUGGUAUUGGCAGAUGGAUCAACUACACUCCCUCACCCUCUCGCACCAGGUCACCCGCUUCAAUGUCUUACUCGCCCACAUUGCAGUAUCAUCGCCCUGCGCAGAGCAAGAUCUUGGAUCUGGUCUUUACCACUUCUUGACAAAUUUCGUAAUGGCCUGGCUAGAUGCGGCGCUGGGCGUCAAGCACGGCGAAGACCUUACACGCGACUACUUCAUCACGAGAGUCUGGAAGAAAGGCAUGUACGAUCUCGUGCGCUGGCGGCCCAUGCAGAUCUCCCGCAUGAAGGCAGCGGUCAAGAAGUUGGAGACAGUGGUUCCUGAGUGCACCGUUUCAGGCGAACAAUUCUGGGAGGAGGUUGUCAACAGGCCAGUCGAGGAGCAUAGAAAACAUGGUCGCGUGUGGGCCAUGCAGUACAUAAUAUACAUGGAACGCAAGGCCGAGGGAUUCAAGAAAGAUGACCAGCUUCGCCAGGCUGAUGAGAACCUGAGCAGCGGCGACUUUGCUGGCGCGUUCGCUGGCCUAGGGGUCGGGGAUGAGGCUCCGGACUGCCUCAGUGAAGAGUUAUUCGAGAGGGAGGAGGUCAAGGCGUUAUUGGUUGACGUGGAGGACGUUAUGGUGCAGCAGCCGGAGGAGAAUGUGCCGUGGAUGGACCCUUCAGCGGCAAUUGAUGUUCUUGAGGGAAAUAUUGAUGGCGUAGGUGACCUCAUGAGGACCAUGGAGUCAUCAUUCCUAAUCAUGUAG